UUCAACUUGAGACCUCAACGUGUUCGAACAUCGUUUCUCGUUUGUGUUUUCCCUCGCAUUGUUGAAUACACCUGAUUUGGUUUCUUGGUCCAAUAUCCUCGCCUGCAAACGUUUGUCAAUCAAUCUGUCAUCCUAUCGCUGGGUGUGAAUCUUCACACAGACCUUUAGGGCAAAUAUGGAGAGUCAAAUGCAAUUUCUAGUCUGCAUCGUCAUCGCCCUUGCGGGACGUUCGGACUCCUACAAUUGGGUGGAUGCCCCCAAAGGGGUGGUGCCGCUUGGCACGUACGAAUUUGAGCUGUACCACGAAGUUCAUCACUUCUGCGAGGCCCGAGAUGAUGAGGGACGACUCCACACCGGAACAUUCACCGACAAGGAAAAGAUCUGCAUGUACGUGAACGUGAAAGAGAAAACUGUGGAGAGCUCUGCAAAGUUCCAGGUCCUCACGUUGAAUCCUAAUGAGAAGGCUGUGUGGAAGCAUACGGAAAAAGAAAUUCCUGAGAAUGCUGUGCCUUGCGAUGAUAAAGAAUCGGAAGAAUGUUACUUGGGCAUGGCUUUCUAUAGCGACGGACUCUGUCAUGAGGCACCUGGAAAAGUGUUCUUGAAAAAGCAUCGAAUCUUUACUCAUAUUGGCCCCAAGCUGGCUAUUUGUCCGUACUUCAACUAUCUUACCAUUCAAGACAUGUCCAAAUAAAAGAGUGAACGGAUGCAGGUUUUAAUAACCAUAAAAUAUCCCUGUCAUAUUAUGUCACAUGUAUCUAAUAAAUGAAAAUCAUUUGUUGAUUUUGACCAAACUAAAGAA